CUCGGAAGGGCCAUGGAGCUGCUGCGGGAGGCCUGCGUGAGGGACCCGCUCCGGCUCCUCCCGGGGGGCUUCUGGGAGGCCGUGGGCGUCUGGCUGGAGAGGCCCCAGGUGGCCAACAAGCGCCUCUGCGGCGCCCGCCUCGAUGCUUCCCGCAGGGCCGCCAAGCCUGGCCGCGGGGGCGAAGGGAAGCUGCUGGAGGGGCCGCCUUGGGAGGCUCUCCAAGCCUCAUGCUGCCGGGAGGCCCUCGGCCUGGAUGGUAGUCCCGGGGAAGAGGAGGGACUGGAGGUGGUUCUGCGUACCCUGGUGCCCAAAGCCAGCACUCCCGCCCCUGCCCAGGAAAUGGUCGUGAAAGAUAUCGUUAAAGGGGUAGUAACCUUUUUGCCUUUGGAGCAAACUCAUGAGGGCAAGUACAAGAUCAAGAAUUGCAAUAUUUAUCAAAUUCAACUUACGCACAAACAAGACAAUGAGUGGUCCAUAUCAGUUUUAUCAUCAUCAGAAAACUAUAUUUCGGAUGGAAUUAUAUAUCCCAAAAGAACAUGGCUUAAAAAUGAACUUCUGUCAAAACUGGCAAAGUGGUCUACAGAGACUAUAAAGAAUGAAUUUAAAAGUACUCUCUCGCUCAUUUCUGUGGAAAAAUACAGCAAGAUUUACCAAGAUUUAAAGGAGAAAUACAAAGAGAUUGUAAAGGUUUGGCCUGAAGUCACAAAUCCAGAAAAGUUUGUAUAUGAAGAUGUUGCUAUAGCUGCAUAUCUGCUGAUCAUUUGGGAAGACGAGAGAGCUGAGAGAGGGCUUUCAAAGAAACAAUCUUUUGUUGAUCUUGGUUGUGGAAAUGGUCUGCUAGUUCACAUCUUGAACAACGAAGGGCAUCCAGGCAAAGGUAUUGAUGUCCAAAGAAGAAGAAUAUGGGACAUGUAUGACCCAUAUACACACUUGGAGGAAAAUAUAGUGAGUCCAAACAAUUUGUACCCAGAUGUUGACUGGUUGAUUGGAAAUCAUUCUGAUGAACUGACACCAUGGAUACCCGUUAUUGCAGCCAGGUCUUCUUAUUCUUGUCGAUAUUUCCUAUUGCCUUGCUGUUUCUUUGAUUUCCAUGGAAAGUACAACCGAAGGCAAAGUAAGAAGACUCAGUACAGAGAAUACCUUGAUUUUGUAACGGAAGUGGGAGUUGCAUGCGGUUUUCAUGUGGAAGAAGACUGCCUUAGAAUCCCUUCAACAAAAAGAGUCUGCCUAAUUGGGAUGUCUAGAACCUACCUUGCAGCACAAGAGAAUGUACUUGAGGAACAGCGAGCACAAUAUAUCAACAGACGCCAAUUAUGCGGCAUAACAACCCCAGAGAAUGGCAGCUUCUUAGCUGUAAAUGAUGCCACUGACUUGGUAGCAGACGAUGAAGUAUCUGAAGAGAUAAACAUGGACAAAGUUUUAAUAUCUGGGUUUCUGCCCAGGACUAAAGAACAAAUGAGAAACUGUACUACUCUGCCUCAGGAUUUUGUAGACAGAGUAGUUUUGAGAGUAGCAAAUCUAUUAUUAAAGGAAACCAAAGAGAGUCCAUUUGGAAAUGCAAGCACAUGGAAUAGAGGAGUGAGUCUUACCUUAGGAGAAGUUGCAGAACAUUUAGAUAAGGAAACAUUAAAAACUCUGAAGAAUGAAUACGGAGGGCUCCAAACCUUGCUGAGAAACAAUCAUCAAGUGUUUGAAGUUUUGAAUGGGAAAGUUCAUAUUCGUGACUGGAGAGAAGCCAAACCACCAAGGAAAAACAGGCCAGCAAAUCAGGUUAAACAACGACUUCCUUCUAAAACAUUUAAAACCCGCCUGUGCUGGUUUUACGUUCACCAUCCGCAGGGUUGUCCACUGACUUCAGAAUCAUGUAAUUAUGCUCAUGGGACAGAAGAGCUAAAACCAAUUCUGUUUGCACCAAGGAAAAAUAAAGGAAAUCAAUAAAAAGUUUGUAACCCA